GCGCCCUAGGAUGAUGUGAUUAGGUUUCCGGGGUCAAUUACUGAAUGCCAGCCUCACAUUUCCGACACGACUCUACCACUAUUGAGCAGUGCACAUAACUUCCCACGAUGACGACUAACAAACCACUCAGCAUAACUAUCUUGGGCGGCGGCAUAGCAGGACUCACAACAGCACUUUCGCUCACGAAGUUUGCCCCUACAAACUCUCCUUCCCCUCUCAUCACCAUCUACGAGAUCCGUCCCCAGCCUGCCACUAUAGGUGGGGCCGUAAACCUCACUCCGAAUGCAUUGCGCCUGCUCUCCCACCUCGGCGCACUCGAAGAAAUCCGCUCCUUAAAUUACGGUGCUGAGUGCCCUGCCGUCGAAAUCUUUGAUAUCUACUCUGGUACCAAGAUCUCCGAGUCUUCAUUCAGCGGCUCAGAUGGCAAGGGCUUGGGUACACCACCCUUCACCGCACUCCGCAUAACACGCGGUGAAGCGCUGAAAGGCGUCCUCGCCGCAAUAAAAAAACAGUCCAAUAUCACCCUGACGUGCGGCAAAAAGACAACAAAGAUCCACGAAACAAAGAUGAACAUAACCCUGACCUUUGCGGAUGGCACAUCCUCGACCUCAGACAUCCUAAUCGGCUGCGACGGCAUCCACAGCGUGACGCGCCUCACACACGUCGAGUCCGAACGUACGGCAACAUAUAGCGGGAUAUGUAAUGCCUUCGGCUUCGCGCCUCUCAAAUCCCAUCAAAAACCGCACUUCAAAGCGUCCGGCAUGAACUUCGCUCGCGGCGGCAUGCUGCUAACAUCCUUCCACUCGCCCGCCAAAGACUCAAUCUACGUCGGGGCCUUGAUGCAAGUUCCCGAUGGCGGUCUGCAGUCGCGCGAUGGCUGGAAAGUGCGGGGCGCGGAUGCCGAGAAAACGCGUUCAGACAUGUUGACUCGAUACUCUGGCGCCAAAGAACCCGCGAUCGAAGAAUGGAUCCAAGACGCGCAGGAUCUGUUCCUCUGGCCCGUCUUCACGCUCAGCAAGCAUGGGAAGUGGGCCACGGACCGCGUGAUGCUGAUCGGCGACAGCGCGCACGCGAUGCCACCACAAGGAGAAAGCACAGGCAUCGUGUUCGAAGAUGGCGUGCUUUUUGCAAGGGUGCUAACCAGAUGGAUGGAAAAGAGCGGGAAUGGCCGCGAUGGGACGCCGGUGAAGGAGGCAUUCGAUGCGUAUGAGACGCUGAGAAGGGCGAGGAUCGAGACGGCGUGGGAUGAGAGUCAGAGUGUGGUGAAGACGGUGCAGGAGGUGGGGUGGCUGGGUCAUCGCAUCAAGAUGAACGUUGUGCCGUGGUAUUUGUGGUGGACGAGGGGGUACCGGGAGAAGCAUUUUGUGGAGGACGUUACGACGUGUGAGAUUGGGUAUUGAAGGAAUUUGCACGAUGCGGAGUCAUACGUGCAAUCCACGGAGUCGUACACCUGAUACAAACCUCGAGCCUAGAGAAUCAUCACCUGCGGCAGAGGACUGAGUUAUUAGGAUCUAUUCACUGUGAGAGCAAAGAUUUUUAGUUGGUCAGCAUUUUCCCUUUUUUCCAGGCCCACACAUCGAAGCAUGGACCAAUUAAACCAACUUUGCAGCUCCUCCGUUCCGUCGGAGUCUAUUUACUGCUAUAUAUAUAUAUUAAAAUUUCGUC